AUGGCAUCUCACCAUCUUCGUAGGAACACAUCAGAGGUAUGGGAGCACAUGAAUCUUGUCAAAUAUGACACUGAUGCUUCCAAAACAUCGAGAAGCGAAAACACCCGCUUGGAGGAGGAGCUCAUAACGGCACCUCUAUUCUCACUCUCCGCUUGUGAAACCCUGGAUACCGAGCACACUAUCAACAGAACAUUGUACCCACAAUAUGGAUUGCUUGGUAUGCGCAAUCGAUCUUCCAGCAACGCACUGACACAAGAGGAUCUUGUGUACGCCAACGUCUCAGCGCCAUGGUCUGCGUUCAUCUGCGGCAGUCAAGGAAGUGGCAAGAGUCACACUUUGUCCUGCCUGUUGGAGAAUGCAUUGAUCGCAUCCUCCCCCGCUGGUAGAUUGUCGUCACCUCUGGCUGGACUUGUCCUUCACUAUGACAACUUCACAGCCUUUUCCAGCACCCAGCUGUGCGAGGCGGCCUAUCUGUGUUCUUCCGAAAUUCCUGUCCGAGUUCUCGUGUCGCCAACAAAUUACCUUGCUAUGAAAAAGGCAUAUAGAACACUGGCAGGUGGUUCGAAAAUGCUGAAGGUUCAGCCACUGUAUCUGCCCCAGAAGGAUCUGAACAUUGCCAUGAUGAAGACCCUGAUGGGCAUUAGCAACAGAACUGAGCAGCCUCUCUACAUAGAAGUUGUCAUGAAGAUUCUUCGGGAUAUGGCCAUCGCUAACCAGGGCAAAUCCGGAUUUGACUACACCGCAUUCAAGCUUCUUCUGCAGCGGGAAAAGUUCUUGAAAGGCCAACUUAUGCCUCUCAAUAUGCGCUUGGAAGUCCUAGAAUCAUUUUUUGAGCCUGGAUCUGUGCCUGGUGCAAUUCCCAAUGCAUCGAAGCCAAAUGAUGCUGGUGAUGCCUGGAAGUUCCCCCCCGGCACUUUGACCAUCAUCGAUUUGAGCUGCCCGUUUGUUGGCCAAGAGGAUGCGUGCGCUCUGUUCAACAUCUCGGUUUCCUUGUUUUUGAAGAACCGCCAGGACACGGGUCGUAUCAUUGCUCUCGAUGAGGCCCAUAAGUUCAUGACUUCAACUUCACCUGAAGCCGCAGACUUGACGGAGACACUGCUAUCUGUCGUCCGCCAGCAGCGACAUCUGGCCGCGCGAGUGAUGAUAGCAACGCAGGAGCCAACUCUAGCGCCGUCCCUCCUUGAGCUUUGCAACGUGACAAUUAUUCAUAGGUUCUCGUCCCCGGCUUGGUUCACGGCGAUCAAGUCACACAUCGCGGGAGCUGGAAUUGAAGAGCAUGGCCGAAACACCACUGCCUCGUCGGCCAUCUUUCAAAAGAUUGUUCGUUUGCCGACUGGCGAGGCUUUGGUGUUCUGUCCAACAGCCCUGCUAGACAGUGUGAAGCAAAGCGACCAGGAGAAUGAGGAACUCUCAAGUGUUACCUCUUCCAGUCGGCCAGAUACUCCAGAUGACCCGGUCUCUGUAGAUAGCGCUCAGAUUACAUCGACGGACUCAGAAUCUCAAGAUGAGCCUACUUUCCAUGGGGUCAUUCGGCUCGGAACGGCAUAUGCGCACAUUCGAGUUCGGAAUAGGAUCACCGUUGACGGUGGUCGCAGCAUGCUUCAGCGUUAA